AGAAGAGAUGAAGGAACAUAGCGAAUAUGAGGAAACCUCCUUCACUGGUAGACCUUUGUGUUAGGACAGCGAUAGAUAACGUAAGAUACCUUGGGGAUGUUGGUGAGACAGAUUCACAUCUUCUUGAGCGUAUUCUACCCCAUUGUACAGUGGAUCAAUUAUUGCACGUGGAGAAAAGUACAAAAGGAAGGGAUCUUACUCCAGUAACUAAUAAACUUUGGAAGAAUUUCUAUGAGCUGCAGUUUGGUCAUCAAAAUAUGACUCUUGUAAUUGAGAGGAUGAAGCUCAAGAAAGUUUCAUUUAGAUGGAGACAGUUGUAUGAGGCAAAAUUGAAGGAUUUUCAGGAGGCUGAGAACAAAGCAAAUGAUCGGCUUAAGCAACUAUACAAGAAAAAAGAUGCUCGUAUGCUUCUUAUUCUUUGA